GUCGCCGGGCCGGCCGGCGAGGGGUGCGCUGCACUCACACACACACACACAGCGAAACGGGCCGUUUUUGCCACCGCCGCCCGCCUCGGGGCCGUAUAUAAGCGGCCGUCCAGGUCCUCCCGGCAUGACAGAGGGGCACACCAGCUCCAGUCAUGAAGACCUCAGCCUCCCUCCUGCUGCUGCUCUGCGCGGCGGCGGCCGCCAACAACUAUGGGUUCAAGCCCAACAACCAGUAUGAGUACCGGUUCGUGGCGAAGGUGAUGACGGGCAUCCCGGAGAUCUCCUCCCAGUACUCGGGCAUGGGCCUGCGCGCCACGCUGCUGGUCCAGGCGCCGGCCGCCAACGUCCUCCAGUUCAAACUGCGCGACACCGAGAUGGCCGAGCUGCGCAACAAGCAGGUGGAGCUGUCCUGGCACGAGAGCGUGCCGCUCCACUGGCAGCCCGUCACCGAGGUGAAGCAGCUCCUCGAGCAGCCCUUCAUCGUUAAGCUGCAGAACGGCAAGAUCGUCGACCUGAUCGUGGGCGGCAACGAGCCCGAGAACAUGGUCAACAUCAAGAAGGCGAUCGUGCAGCGCUGGCAGAUGACCAUGGACAAGGAGAUCGUCUCCGAGUUCCCCACCGGCAAGUUCUUCGAGGACGUCAAACAGCCGCUGUACUUUGAGGCCGAGGAGCAGUCGAUCGGCGGCCUCUGCCUCACUGGCUACACGGUGACGCCCAUCCUGGAGCCGCAGACCCAGCUGGAGACCAUCAAGACCUUCGGCGUCAACGUGAUGGGCGACUGGAGCUGGACCGAGCAGAGCGUCCCCAAGGAGGUGAAGAAGCCCCGCUUCCUCAUCACCAAGAACAUCUUCCAUGACAAGUGCAAGCGUCGCAACAUGUUCCAGAGCAUGAGCCCGGCGCCCAUCACCUGCCGCGAGAACGUCACCGACUGCUUCAACACUCAGGCAAACACCACCACGAUGGUCCGCUACCUGGUCCGUGGCAACCGCAAGGCCUUCGAGAUUGAGGCGGUGAACUCCGAGAGCAUCCACGCCAUGUACCCGUACCAGGCGGCCACGGAGCAGAUCAUCACUGACACCAACCAGACGCUGAUCCUGCUGGCUACCAGGCCAGUGACGUCGCCGUUCCCCGACCCGCCACAGAAGCGCGAGCUGAAGCUAAUCAGCUGGGCCGUGUCCAUCCGCGACACCAUCACUCCCGAGAAAGAGUUCCUGGCUAAGCCGACGCUGACUGACGCCCCAGUCUUCAACAUGGCACGCCCCGUCGUGCCCCUGCACCGCCUGCUGGAGAAGGUGCCCGCUACCGAGCUCAAGAAGAAGGUCCUCGAUGUCCUAGCCAGCCUUGACUCCAGCUUCGAUCAGGUGCCCGACCCGACGACCCGUGACACCCCGGGCAUGGUCAACGUCCUCCACUCGCUGCUGAACAUGAUGUCUCUGGCUGACUUGGAAGACAUCUACAGCAAGAUCUCGACCAUCCCCGACCGCAACGUGGAUGUCAUGAAGAAGCUGUUCCGUGAGGCAGUGGCGAUGGGAGGCACCAACCCUUGCAUCAUGAUGGUGAAGAAGUGGAUCGAGACCAAGCAGGUUGUCGGUGCCGAGGCUGCUACCCUCGUUAUGUUCAUCCCCAUGCACAUCAAGACCCCCACUGUCGAGAUCCUCCAGGAGAUGUUCAAGACGCUGAGUAACGGCAUCGCGCAGAAUGAUGAGCACCUCCGCCAAAACAGCAUGCUGGCCUUCGCCAAGACGGUCAACAUUGCUUGCAUUCGCCGCGCCACCACCACAAACGCCUUCCCUGUUACCAUGUUCCAGAAGUUCUGCAGCCUCGAGACUCAGCAGAUUGAGCAGCAAUGGAUUCCCUUCUUCAAGAAACGCCUGACCGAGGAUAUUUCUAUCCGUGAGAAAAUGGUGGUUCUGAAGGCACUUGCCACCCUGCAGCACCCGGCUGUGGUGCCGACUCUGAUGGAGAUCGCUACGAAGAAGGAUGAAAACGUGCACGUUCGUGAGACUGCCAUCUAUGCCAUGAUGAAGUUCCGCGAAAUCAAUCCGACUGUUGUGGAGGAGGUUGUCAAGCCCAUCGCCUUUGACCGCAACGAGUUCCACGAGGUCCGGAUGGCGGCCACCACUGUGCUGAUCACCCUGAACCCUUCUCUGGCAACCUACCAGACCCUGGCGAUGCACACCUGGGUCGAGAGCGACCAGCAGAUCACUAACUACAUCUCCAGCUUCCUGGAGCAGGCUGCCAACUUGACCGACAUCAACGUCCCGUGGGUGUGGGAGAUCCGUGAGAAGGCCCGGUCCGUGUUCCGGCUGACCCGCCCGAUGCUCCACGCCGACCUGUUCACCAAGAACAUCCUGGUCAGAAGCCAGAUUGAUCUUCUCAUGGUCACUGCCGAGAUGGACACCGUCAUCAAUAAGUCGCCGUUCGACGUUUCCUCUUUGACCUACCGCGGACACAUGCGCAGCUACAACAGCCUGACCUUCUUCCCGAUUCAGAUGUUUAGCAAGUUCGUUGGUCUGCAGAACGUGAUUGACUUCCUGAUGGCGCCGGACAGCACAACCAACAUCAACCGUUUCAACCGCGGCUCUGAGCCUCUGCAGGCCGCCAUUGGAGAGCUGGCCGAGAUCAAGAACCUGCUGAAGAUGGUGAAGCGUGAGAACGAGCCUCUCAUGGUCUGGCUGCAGGCAAACAUCAUGGGCUCCAUGGAGCGUCUGUUCGCCUUCGACCAGCAGGCCAUCCAGAACACUCUGCAGCAAAUGCGCGACGCCGAUACCAAGAAGUACGAGGUCAAGAACUUCCAGAAGAUCAUGAACCUGGUGGAUCACGUCAUCGGACUUCCGACCGAUGUUGGUGUGCCAAUGAUGGUCAUCAGGUCCGCCCCCGCUGUCCUCUCCAUCCGUGGUGAUGUCGUCUUCGAAAGCAAGAAGUCUGCUGAUGGCAGCCGGCUGAUCAAGCUCGAUACCAAGAACCUGCAGCCGUUCAUUAACGUCAAGAUGCUCUCUCUUGCUGGUGCCGUCAACCCGCUUACCAUGCGGUUCCUCUCCGCAGGCGUCAGCCGCAACAUCAUGAUGAGCUUGCCCCUCACCACUAGCACUGAGUGGGACACCAAGAGUAACCGUGUCGAGGUGUUCGCCAAGUUCAUCAACAAGCCCAGCGAACUCAAUCUUCUUCGCAUGGAAACGUAUCCGUUCACAUCUGCUCUGGACCUGACCAAGAUGACAACAACCAUGCGUCAAAACUCGGACACCAAGCCCAUCCACGUCAAGACCCCGACCACCACUGAGAUGAGGCUCGGCAAGGCCAUGUUCGGCAUCGACAUGACCAUGACCGUCAAGAGUGAAGACGACUUCGGUGACAUCUGGAGUUUCUUCCGGAAGAUCAGCGCAACCAGCAAGCUUGGCAACAUGUUCACUGUCCUGCCGACCAUCCGCCCGAACCUGAUGAAGCUCACGCUCGACACCGCCACCGCCACCACCCAGAAGAUGAUCAUCUCUGUGGCCAAGGAUGACUUUGCCCGCUACCACACUCUGGAUACCGUCAACAACCCGGAGGCUGAGCCUGUAGAGCACAUCGAGUGGCUGGCCGACAAGGCGCAGUACCGCGAUGAGAAGCAUGCCGCUAUCGAGAAGGACGCCCGUCGUGAGGUGAUGAAGCGAUCCCGCCGCGUGCUGCAGGAUAUCCACACCGGAAACGUCCUCGGCUACACUGUUGUGGUCAGCGCCAUGGGCAUGAAGGAGAAGCGUAUGGCCCUCAAGACGAUGCUGGUGAAGGAUGCCUCCCGACUCAACACCAAGGUCGACGCGCGCCUGCUGAUGGUGCCUACCGACGAUGUGCCCAUCAAGCGUGAGCUGAUUGUCAACGGACACAUCACCUGGCCUCACGUUGGUCGCACCCUGAACGAGCUGCUUGCCUCGAACAUGAUCGCGCCCAUGGAGAUGACCAUCAACGUUGGUAUCAACGACACCAUGACCAGGGUGGCAACCGUGAACGGUCUUCUCCGUCAGACUGACCUCUACAAGAUGUAUGCCAACCAGAACCGUGUUGUUCGUGAUUGCCGCGAAAUGAGGAACAAUGGCUUCGAGCACGCACCUGUCUGUGAGAUGGCAAAGAUCAAGGCGUCCCGUAUGAACCAGGCCAAGAUCACUGUGGAUAUGAACACGCACCUGAAGGACGAGCUGACCUCCGUCGGACUCCUCGGUAAGGAGAGCCUCACCAAGAAGAUGGAUUAUGACUCUCCCUCCUGGAUGGAGCUCAUCGGCAACUACUUCCUCAACCGCCUGGCAAGCUUCCCUAAGACCAUGUGGCCAUCUAAGCUGCACAGCAUGAACCAGCGUAGCAUUCAGCUUGAAUUCAACCCGUUCUCGAAGUGCUGGAAGCUCAUGUAUGAUGAUGCCAAGACGAUUUUCAAGAUCAAGAAGAUCCAUGCCAUGGAGUUCCCGUGGAAGAGCAACGGUGUGUACAACACCAACAACAACUUCGGCCUGUCAAUUCCGUUCAUGCCGUUCCUGAACAUCAAGGAGGGCAUCAACGCCUACGAGGAUAGCUGGGAGAUGCGCAACCGUAAGAUGAUGGGCAUCAACAUGCACAAGUGUGUCAUCGACGAGCACUUCAUCAAGACCUUCGACAACGUAACCCUGCCGGAGAAGAUGGUUGAUUCGUGCUGGCACCUGAUGGCCAAGGACUGCUCCGAGGUCACCAAGCUGGCCAUCCUCGUCAAGCAGGUGGGCUCUCGCCGCGCCGUCCGCAUCAUCACCAGCACGCGCAUCAUCGAGCUGAUGCCCACUGGCCUCGACUACCACCUGCGCGUCGACAACCAGGAGACUCGUCGCCUGCCCAUCGGCGACCUGGUCGUCAUCGAGAGCGAGACCGCCGACAAACAUCCCGAGGCGCGCAUCCUGAAGUGGACUGGAGAGCUGCUGGAGCUGGAGCUGCCCCAGUACCAGGCGCGCGUCCGCAUCGUCGGCCCGGCCGUCAAGCUGAUGCUGGAGCCCAUGUUCCUCCGCAACCGCGUGUGCGGCCUCUGCGGCGACAUGAACGGCGAGUCCUCGCAGGACCUGGUCGGCCCGAAGCGCUGCCUGUUCUUCAGCGCGCGCGAGUUCCAGGCCGCCUACAUGGUGGACAAGACCUGCCAGCGCGACCCGCUGCCCAACUACGGCGACGACUGUGUCAAGGUGAAGCGCGAGUCCUGGAUGCUGUAGGCGGCUGGAGUCGAGACCCGGCAUCCACCGGAACAGGGCGGGGUUCAGACUAAAUUGGGCUGUGUAUUUGAGUGAUGGCGGUUGUUAAUUAGUUUGGAUUGUAUCUGACGCAUGUGGUGCGAUUAAUAAACGGUUAAUCGUGCUAAA